GGGACAGGUCAUGCGGGAAACUCGCGUCCAUGGAACCUUCGCCCCAUCCCUGUCCCAAAAUUGCGGGGAUGGGGCUAGGGAUGGGAAUUGCCCUCUAGGCCCGCCCCACCCGGUUGCAGAUCUUUGCAAGAAAAAUAACCAUUUAGAGUCGAAGAAGAAUCGUUACGCCAUGGACGCGAUCAGGCACACAUGCCUGAAGCUUGAAGUGCCAAGUAUCGCGCAAUCGAACGAAAGCCGCUCCAUCUUCUUCGUCAAAGGCACUUGGUUUCGCCACCGCUUCGAUCUCUCCAUUACCGACGGCCUCAAUGCUUGGACUUGCCAUGCGACGGAGGACGAGGUUCGAUUGCGCGCCGAACAAUGGGACCAAGAACCCUCGGACUAUGUGGCGUUGGCGGAACGGCAUUUAGGGUUUCAGCAGCCUGGUUCGGUCUAUGGGUUCGCCGACGCUGGAAAUGGGGACAAGAGGCUUUCUUGGACAUUUGACAAAGAAGGGAUGAAGUUAGAAUGGCGAUGGAAUUGUCAACCAGCAUCUGAUAAUAAGAAGACAACUGCAGGAAUAUUGGACUUUCUCAUGGAUGCCAACAUAAGGCUGAGCGAAGAGGUUGUCAGAAAAACACAAUCGUUUGAGAGGCUGAAAGUUGAAUCUGAGAAUUGUUUGGCUCAAAGUGAGAAGAUUAGUGGCGAAAAGGUGGAGUUCGAAACUGCAAUUUAUGCAAAGUUUCUCAAUGUCUUGAACUCGAAGAAAGCAAAACUUAGAGCGUACAGAGAUCAGCUUUCGAAACAGACUACUGGCAGCAGCAAGCUGAAACAAGAAGAGGAGUACUCCUCUGACAAAACCGAAACUUUUGACGAUGAAAGCGAUGCCGAAAAGAACUAACGAAGAAUGAAGGAAUGUUAUAUGCAAUUAGUUAGGAUGACACACACACAUCUUUGGUAAUGUUUCAUGGCCAAAAUCCCUCUCUUUCUCUCUACUGAUUAAAGUUCUAACGGAUUUUGUGGAUUUUUGUAGUUUUAACUUGUUCUAACGUAAGCUAUUGCUUGGACUGAGUUGUCAUUUUAUUUUAUUUUUUGUGUAGAGCUUUGUUAACCUCUAGGAAACAGUGGGAUAAGAGCGCUUUGAUAGUCUCACGGAGCAAUGCACUUAUUCGUUCGCAUAAAAUGAAAGUUUACUAUUAAACUGGGAUUCAGAUUCAUAUGAUUAAUCUAUUGAUAGAUUUGUAUCUCCGAUAAAUUAUAAGAAAUGUUGCGGUCUACGCUUAUACAAUCUUCAUUGUAUUGUUUACAAUCUUUCUAAAUCUAAAACACAAUGAAUUUUUGGUGCCACUGAUUGUAAGGCAAGUUUGGCAAAGUAAUGCUAAGGGCUUGUUUCCGUU